AUGGAGAUGCAGAAGGGCAAAGGGGGCUCCGGGGCUGCGGCUGGGGGGGCUGCAGGAGGAGGAGGAGGAGGAGGAGGAGCAGGAAAGCUGCUGAUCUACACCAGCCUGGAUGCCAAGGAUGAGUUGGAAGAGAGGCUGGAGAGAUGCAUGGGGACGGUGUCCUCUCUGACCAGCGGGCUCUCCGAGAGGGAGGCCAACGACGCCUUGAACGCCCACGUGUGCAAAGGAGCCCCCCAGCACGAGGAGGUCUGCCUGGGUCUUUUCACCAUGAUCCUGACGGAGCCCGCUCAAGCGCAGAAGAGUUACCGAGACCUGGCCUUGGUGAGCCGAGACGGGCUGACCACCGUGUUGACCAAGAUGAACCAGAUCCUCAUGGAGAAAUACCUAAAGCUGCAAGACUCCUGCCGUACCCAGUUGGUUUGGCUGCUGCGCGAGAUGGUGAGGAGUGGGAUUCUCGGCAUCGAUGGGAAUUGCAUGACGUUCAUGAAACAGAUCGCAGGUGGAGAUGUCACCUCCAAGAAUAUCUGGCUGGCUGAAAACAUCCUCGACAUACUGACGGAACAGAGGAAAUUUAUGGAUUGCUUCAUGAUCGGCCGGGAUCUGGUGCGUCUCCUGCAGAGCGUGGCCCGGAUUCCGGAGUUUGAGCAGCUUUGGAAAGACAUAAUCCAUAAUCCACAGGCCCUGAGCCCCCAGUUCACAGGGAUGUUGCAGCUUCUGCAGUCAAGGACCUCCAGGAAAUUUCUAGCCUGUCGCCUCACCCCGGAUAUGGAGACCAAGCUGCUUUUUAUGACCUCCCGGGUCCGUUUGGGUCAACAGAAGCGGUACCAAGACUGGUUCCAGCGCCAGUACCUCUCCACCCCGGAUAGCCAGUCCCUGAGAUGCGACCUCAUCCGUUACAUCUGCGGGGUGGUCCACCCGUCCAACGAGGUGCUCAGCUCCGACAUCCUCCCCCGCUGGGCCAUCAUUGGCUGGCUGCUGACCACCUGCACGUCCAACGUGGCUGCUUCCAACGCCAAACUCGCCUUGUUUUACGACUGGCUGUUCUUCAACCCCGACAAGGACAGCAUCAUGAAUAUCGAGCCCGCCAUCUUUGUCAUGUACCAUUCCAUGAAACCUCACCCGGCGAUCACGGCUACUCUGCUGGACUUCAUGUGUCGGAUCAUUCCGAAUUUUUAUCCCGCGCUAGAAACUCACGUCCGCCAAGGGGUCUUCAACUCCCUCACCCACAUCGUGGAGAAGCGAGUCUUGGCACACCUGGCUCCUCUUUUCGAUAAUCCGAAGCUGGACCGGGAACUCCGGGCUAUGCUUAGAGAGAAGUUUCCAGAAUUCUGCUCCUCUCCCUCCCCUCCGGUCGAAGUCAAAGUCGAGGAACCGGCGGCGGCCGAGCUGGACAAUCACAUGUCUGACCGAGACGAGAGCUGCUACGACCAGGCCGAGGCCGCCUUCAGCGACGAUGAGGAAGAUCUCAACAGCAAAGGGAAGAAGAGAGAGUUCCGUUUCCACCCCAUCAAGGAAGCCGUGGUGGACAUCUCCCCCUUCCUGGAGCAGCUGGACGAGUCCCUCAAAGACAAGAUCCUGCUCUUACAGAAGGGGAGCGAUACGGAAGCCCAGUGCGAAGCUAUGCAAGAAAUUGUGGAUCAAGUCUUGGAGGAGGAUUUUGACCAGGAGCAACUCUCGGUCCUGGCCUCCUGCUUGCAGGAGCUGUUCAAAGCUCACUUCCACGGGGACGUUUUGCCGGAAGAAAUCACGGAAGAGUCUCUGGAAGAAUCCGUAGGGAAGCCGCUUUACUUAAUAUUUAGGAACCUGUGCCAGAUGCAGGAGGACAACAGCAGCUUCUCGGUCCUGCUGGACCUGCUGUCGGAGCUGUACCAGAAGCAGCCCAAGAUCGGCUUCCACCUGCUCUACUACCUGAAGGCCAGCAAAGCGGCCGCCGGGAAGAUGAGCCUCUACGAGUCCUUCGCCCAGGCGACUCAGCUGGGGGACCUUCACACCUGCCUGAUGAUGGACAUGAAGGCCUGCCAGGAGGACGACAUCCGCCUGCUCUGCUACCUCACGCCCUCCAUCUACACGGAGUUCCCCGACGAGACCCUCCGAAGUGGGGAGCUGCUGAACAUGAUUGUCGCCGUCAUUGACUCGGCUCAGCUCCAGGAACUGGUGUGUCACGUCAUGAUGGGGAAUUUGGUGAUGUUCCGGAAAGAUUCGGUCCUUAAUAUUCUGAUUCAGAGCUUGGAGUGGGAGACUUUUGAGCAAUAUUGCACCUGGCAACUUUUUCUGGCGCACAACAUUCCCCUGGAAACCAUCAUCCCCAUCCUGCAGCAUCUGAAAUACAAAGAACACCCCGAGGCUCUGUCCUGCUUACUGUUGCAGCUGAGACGGGAAAAGCCGACGGAGGAGAUGGUGAAAAUGGUGCUAAGCCGGCCGUGCCAUCCAGACGACCAGUUCACCACCAGCAUCCUCCGGCACUGGUGCAUCAAACACGAGAACCACCUGAUAGAGCACAUCAAAUCCCUCCUGAUCAAGAACAACAGCCUGCCCCGGAAGCGCCAAAGCCUUCGCAGCUCCAGCAGCAAACUGGCCCAGCUGACCCUGGAGCAGAUCCUGGAACAUCUGGAUAAUCUCCGCCUGAACCUGAGCAACACCAAACAGAGCUUUUUCAACCAGCCCCCCAUCCUCCAGUCCUUGCAACACGUCCAGUGCAGCUGUGACGAAGCCCACAAGAUGAAGUUCAGCGACCUCUUCUCCCUGGCCGAGGAGUACGAAGACUCCUCCAGCAAGCUGCCCAAGAGCCGAAGGAAGGCGGCCCUCUCCAGCCCCCGCAGCCGCAAGAACACGGCCCAGCAGCCACCCAACAACGAGGAGGAGUCGGCCUCCAGCAGCGCCUCGGAAGAGGAAGACACCAAACCGAAACCCACCAAGCGGAAGCGGAAAGGAUCCUCGGCUGUUGGCUCAGACAGCGACUGA